AUGGGUUCGGAGACGUUCGUGGAGAUCAUCCUGGCGAUCCUCUUGCCGCCCGUUGGAGUCUUCCUCCGUUAUGGCUGCGGAGUGGAGUUCUGGAUAACUUUGCUGCUGACGAUUUUGGGGUACAUCCCGGGGAUCAUAUAUGCGAUCUAUGUCCUGGUCGGAUAG